AUGCUUAUUGCGGCUGUUGGGCAUCUUUAUGCCUUCCCUUACAAAGAGUAUGCUGGUGCAAAUAUAGGCUCAAAUCAUGGCUGGAGUGAUUCAGAACUCUUUAUAAUAUGUAUGCUUGGUGUACUUGAGGGCAUCUGCCGACUUUUGCUGGUGGAUAGACAUGGUUCUGCUCCUUUAUGGCAAACAUGUUCUAUUGGAAACUGUAAUACAUGCUUAGCUUGGCCUAUCUGCAUGAGUGAAAUGAUGCAUAGAUCGAACGACGAUUCGCGGAAGCGGCGGGAUGGAGAUGAGCAUUGCGCCAAGGGAGGAGGAGCUUCCACCAGCAGCAGCAAUGGCGGCAGCUGCAACAACAAUAACAACGUCUCGAAUGAACGAAGGAAUGAAGGUGAUAGUAAACGGAUGAAGGCAGUGGGUGAACUUAAAGUGGAAGGGGAAGGGAAUUCUGGCAAGGGGGCGGCCGCGGUGGAGAGACGCUCGAAGCUAGACGAACUGCCGAAGCAAGACUACAUCCAUGUUCGAGCAAGACGAGGUCAAGCUACCGAUAGUCAUAGUUUAGCAGAAAGAGCUAGGAGAGAAAAGAUUAGUGAGAGGAUGAAAAUUCUUCAGGAUUUGGUUCCUGGUUGUAAUAAGGUCCGAGCUGCUAUCAAGGUCAAGGCAUCAGUCAUCAUCUGUUUCACUUCUUCCAGGAAGAGCUGCUAGGUCUCUAUCAUCUUAUAGAUUUUUGUUUUAGCUAUAAGGUAGUUGGUAUUUUCAAUUUUGAAUCGGAAUAUGCAAUGAUGAUGUAUACUUGAUAUUUGGUUCAUUUGUAUAAUAAUGUAUGAAUUUUUUGGAUGAUAUAUAAUAUUGUUGUCGUUGAUUUUA